GCAACGGGGGCCAGCUUGGGGGAGGUCUUUCCGCACCCUGCAGGUCCUCGACGCUGAGUUCAACUUUGAACUUUGGUCCUCGUGCUGAUCAGAUGGCGGGGACUUCCAGACACGACCGAGAGAUGGCGCUGAACGCCAAGCGGUGCCUGUCAGCUUGUUCUGACCCGGUAGAGAGACUCCGCCUCCAGUGUCUGGCCAGGGGGUCGGCUGGGAUCAAAGGGCUCGGCAGAGUCUUCAGGAUCAUGGACGACGACAACAACCGCUCGCUGGACCUGAAGGAGUUCCUGAAGGGAGUCAACGACUACGGCAUCCUGAUGGACAAACAGGAAGCCGCUGCCGUCUUUCAGCAUUUCGACCGUGACGGCAGCGGAACCAUCGACUUUGACGAGUUCCUGGUCACGCUGAGGCCCGCCAUGUCCAAGGCCCGCAAAGAGGUGGUCAUGCAGGCCUUCCGCAAACUGGACAAGACGGGCGACGGCGUGAUCACCAUUGAAGACCUGAGAGGGGUUUAUGACGCCAAGUACCACCCCAAGUACCAGAACGGGGAAUGGACGGAGGAGCAGGUCUUCAGGACGUUCCUGGACAACUUUGAUUGUCCCUACGACAAAGAUGGCAAGGUGACGCAAGAGGAGUUCAUCAACUAUUACUGCGGUGUCAGUGCCUCCAUCGAUAACGACGUUUUCUUCAUCCUGAUGAUGAGGAACGCCUGGAAGCUGUGAGCUAGCAAAUCAUUAAACAUGGAUGAUGUC